UCUGGAUGCUGUAGCUCGGGGUCAGGCUCUCUCUGACUACUUUGUCUGUGUGUGAGGACGCUGCGUGUCUGGCAUGCAGACAUGGACCCCUCGCUGCGCUCUAGGAUUACCCUCUGCCUGGUCAUCACCUUGGCUCAGGUGAUCGCCGUGACCUGCCAAGAAGAUACCAAAAAAGACACCUGCACAGAAAAUGGAAAAGUUUACGCCAACAACGACAUGUGGAGCCUAGAGCCGUGCCGGAUCUGUGUGUGCAAUAUGGGGACCGCCGUGUGCGAAGACGUGGUCUGCGAGGACCUCGGUGACUGUCAGAAAACUGUGACCCCGGAGGGCGAGUGCUGCCCUGUGUGCUUGACUGCAGCUUCAACUCCCAACACAGACCCCACAACAGCUGCAGAUGAGAAGAAAGGGGAGAGCUGCACGGUCGAUGAGGAGGUCCACCAUCACAACGACAUCUGGAAACCAGAGCCUUGCCGCGUGUGCGUCUGCGACAACGGCGUCGCCAUCUGCGAUGAGGUGCAGUGUGAACUGCUGUCAAACUGCGAGAAGGUCGUCACACCUGAGGGAGAGUGCUGCCCCGUGUGUGACAGCUUUGCCAGUGCCAGCAGGAUGAUAGAAAUUAUGGGCUUCAAGGGACAGAAAGGUGAACCAGGUGAUAUUCCAUAUGUGGUGGGACUCCCUGGACCUCCCGGCCCUGCGGGUCCUCCAGGAGCUCAGGGACAUACUGGACCAAGAGGCUUUAAAGGCAGACGGGGCUUUGCAGGGCCUCCGGGAUUUGAUGGAGAGCCUGGUGUGCCAGGAAAUCCAGGAGAGCCAGGACCCCCGGGCCAUCCCACCCACCCUGGGGGCAACCUCGUGUCCCAGAUGGCUUCAGGUUUCAACGAGAAAUCUAGUCUGGCUGGGAUGGUAUCAGGAUCAAGGGGAGAACCAGGACCUCGAGGACCUCCAGGGCCGACCGGAUCAUCAGGUCCAAGUGGUGGGCAGGGAAUUCCAGGAGAGGCUGGAGAUCCAGGACCAAUGGGUGAGCCGGGUCAUCGAGGACCAGACGGGCUGCCAGGAAAACCCGGAGCUGAUGGAGAACCUGGAGCUGCAGGUGCUGCAGGAGAACCAGGAUUUCCAGGGUCUACGGGGGCAAGAGGAUUCCCAGGACUCCCGGGUCACCCAGGACUGAAAGGUCACAAGGGACAAGCUGGUCUUCCUGGGCCAAAGGGCGAGUCUGGAGCAGUCGGAAACAAGGGUUCAUCUGGUACUGCGGGUGCGAUGGGUGCUCCAGGCCCACUGGGACCGCCAGGCAUGCAGGGAGAGAGAGGCAGAGCCGGACCAACUGGUCCCGUGGGAAAACGUGGUGCAGAGGGCCAUGUUGGCAAACCAGGUCCUCUGGGUCCAAUCGGAAUCCCCGGAGUGCCCGGUUUUCCCGGGGGCCCAGGAAUGAAGGGUGAGGCAGGACCCACAGGGGUCAGAGGAAGUCCAGGACAGCAGGGACCCAGAGGGGACGCCGGUCGCGUCGGGCCAGCUGGACCCACUGGACAGCAGGGUGUUGCAGGGACUGAUGGAGCUCCAGGUGCCCGCGGCCAAAGCGGUCUCGCAGGUGUCAUUGGUCCAGCUGGGCUGUUGGGCCCGUCCGGUCCCCCCGGCCCCCAGGGAACUACAGGAGCCCCAGGACCAAAGGGCCAAGUGGGCGACGUUGGAGUGCCUGGAUUUAAAGGAGAAGCUGGAUUCAAGGGAGAAAGAGGUGACCAUGGAACUCCGGGUCCAUUGGGCCCAAUGGGAGAGGACGGGAAGCGUGGACCCCGCGGUGAUGCCGGAUCCAUCGGGCCUCCAGGACCUCCAGGAGAGACAGGAGCUCCAGGAAACAGAGGUUUCCCAGGUGCAGAUGGUUUACCAGGCCAAAAGGGAGCCCAGGGCGAGAGAGGACUGCCAGGGUCUGCCGGCGCCAAAGGUUUACCUGGAGAUCCGGGACGGAACGGAGAGCCGGGUUUAACUGGAGCUCGGGGUCUGACAGGACUUAUUGGCGCCCAGGGAGCAGAGGGCAAGCAAGGACCGAUGGGCUUAGCAGGAGAGGAUGGCAAACCGGGCCCAGCUGGUUCUACUGGAAGCCGAGGUUCAGCUGGACCGAUGGGCCUGCCGGGACCCAAAGGCUUUGCUGGUGAUGCUGGGAAGAUUGGAGAGGCUGGCAGCGCAGGGGCUCCAGGUCAAAGGGGGCUGAACGGAAAAGACGGAGAGGGAGGCGCUGCCGGAUCAACUGGCCCAGCUGGUCCUGCAGGAAAGAGAGGAGAGCAGGGACCACAGGGACUGAACGGUUUCCAGGGUUUGCCCGGACUGCCAGGCCCACCUGGAGAGUCAGGAAAACCAGGUGAUGAGGGUCUUGCUGGAGAGGCUGGCGCUGUUGGAGGUACAGGUCCGAGGGGAGAAAGAGGCCCUCCUGGAGAGAGAGGUGAAAUUGGGCCCAAUGGGCUGCAGGGACCCAAAGGUAGUCCAGGUGGACCAGGACCAGAUGGACCAAAGGGUAAUCCUGGUCCUGCGGGCACUGUCGGAGAGCCAGGAGGUCAAGGACUGCAGGGGAUGCCGGGAGAGAGAGGCAUAUCAGGACCUUCAGGCCCAAAGGGAGAUGCAGGCUCUGUUGGAGAGAAAGGACCUGAGGGGAAAGCUGGAGCUGACGGUGCACGAGGUCUUCCUGGUCCUGUUGGACCUGCUGGUUCCAGUGGACCCAACGGAGAGAAGGGCGAAACCGGACCACCAGGACCUGCAGGACGCCGGGGAUCGAGAGGAAUUGCUGGUUCUACUGGUGAGCCUGGUCCAACUGGCUCUGUUGGCUUCCCGGGACCUUCUGGUCCUGACGGUCAGCCUGGGGUCAAAGGUGAAACAGGUGAGCCAGGCCUGAAGGGAGAAGGAGGAGCACCUGGACCACAGGGGAUGGCUGGAAAAUCCGGAGAACAGGGUCCUGUCGGCGUGACUGGAUUGAAAGGUGGCAGAGGAACGCAGGGUCAAGCGGGCGCUCCUGGUUUUCCUGGGCUGCCUGGAGGAGUUGGACCAGCUGGUUCUCUUGGUGCUGUUGGCGCAGAUGGGCCUAUAGGUGCUCCAGGAAAGCAGGGUCCUCCUGGUAUUCUGGGAGAGAACGGAGCUCCAGGACGUCAAGGAGAGAGGGGACCUUCAGGCCCGUCGGGCAACCCUGGAGAGAAAGGAGACUCUGGAGAGGACGGGCCUCCGGGGCCUGAUGGGCCUCCGGGACCUGCUGGCACCUCUGGGCAGCGAGGCGUCGUGGGUCAGCCUGGACUCAGAGGAGAGAGAGGCAUGCUGGGACUUCCUGGUCCUGCUGGUCCACCAGGAAAGGCCGGAGCUCCUGGACCUCCUGGCGGCACAGGGCCUGCUGGUGGGGUUGGUUUGCCUGGAGCCACCGGGCCAAGAGGAGACGCCGGGCCUGAGGGCAUCGCAGGAGCAGAGGGGUCUCCUGGUAAGGACGGUCUCGUAGGAGAAAGGGGAGACAGAGGUAAUUCUGGUACAGAGGGUUUGGCAGGUGCUCCAGGGUCUCCAGGUACUGAGGGUCCUGUGGGACUGACGGGUGGUCCAGGACCAAAAGGCGAUAGCGGUGCCAGAGGCACCGCUGGACCACAAGGACCAGCUGGAGUACGGGGGAAAGCGGGCCCUCAAGGACCACAGGGAGAGAAAGGAGCGCCUGGAGAACAAGGAGAGAGGGGCCAGAAAGGACACAGAGGUUUCACUGGGCUUCAUGGUCUGCCAGGAACAACUGGCGCCACAGGAGAGCCAGGAGCUGUAGGUAUUGUGGGACCAGCUGGGCCAAGGGGUCCUCCAGGAGUGGUAGGGCCUCCAGGAAAGGAAGGAAACAUCGGACAGCCCGGACCAAUGGGUGCUCCAGGAAGCAGAGGAUCCAGUGGAGAAUUAGGGGAACAGGGUCCACAAGGCGAACCCGGUCCACCCGGCCCUCCAGGCCCCCCAGGACCCCCCACUGCGGCUGCGGAGGACCUGUUUGUUGCCUCUUACGAUUAUGACGGAAACGGCGGUGUGCCAGAAGCCGUGGAAUUCCUUGAGGGAGAUGCGGCUGCUGAUCUUCCUCCACCUCCAGAGUUUAACAAAGAUGAAGCCCUUCCCAAUAAGAACGAGGCCGUCCUGCGUGCAGACACCGGAGUCUAUGCCACACUGAAGACCCUCAGCGGACAUCUGCAAAACCUGCGCAGCCCUGAUGGCAGCAAGAUGAACCCAGCGAAAACCUGCCAGGACAUAAAGCAGUGCUACCCUCAGAAGAAGAGCGGUGAGUACUGGAUUGAUCCAAAUCAAGGAAGCACAAAGGAUGCCAUCAAGGUCUUCUGCAAUAUGGAAAGUGGUGAAACCUGCAUCUCUGCCAAUCCGGCCAACAUUCCCAGUAAAGCCUGGUGGACGAAAUCCAGUCCCAGUGCCAACAAACCUGUCUGGUUUGGAGCAGACAUGAACAGUGGAAUGAGAUUCCGCUAUGGAAAUAAGGAGGACCAGCCGAACGCCGUGGCAGUUCAGCUGAAACUGCUGCAGCUUUUGUCCAGAGAGUCGCACCAGAGCAUCACCUACCACUGCAGGAACAGCGUGGCGUACAAAGACGAGAAGAGCAGCAGUCUGAAGAAAGCCCUGGUCCUCAGAGGCUCCAACGGCCAGGAGCUGAGGGCGCAAGGCAACAACCGCCUCCGAUACGCCGUCAUCGAGGACGGCUGCUCGAAAUCAAACGGAGAGUGGGGCAAGACAGUGAUCGAGUACAGGACUCAAACCUCGGCCAGGCUGCCAGUGGUGGACUUGGCCCCCAUGGAUGUUGGAAAGGCUGAUCAGGAGUUUGGCCUGGACAUCGGCCCUGUGUGCUUCUCAUAAAACACAAACCAACACAAGAUGGACAGAAAUAGCCCUUUUUAGAUGAGUAACAUCAUCACAAGAAAUUAUAGGGACUCGUCUUUUUGUGAGCGUACGAGUCGAUGAAGGUUAGAUGUUUUAUUGCUGCCAUUCUUCACAUGUGGCUGAAUUUCCCAUCAGCUGUUGAAGUACAGUGUAUUGUUGUGUCUGCCUGCGGAUGAGAGCUGUGCGACUGGUAGCACACUGACAUAAUUUAUUCCCCAAUCAAUGCAUUUACAAUCUAGAGCACAGUACUUUACGGGGAAAUGCAUGUGGGUGGAAAAAAAAAACUGAGGUGCUGACAUUAAAAAAACAAAGUGGGGUUUCGAUGGAUUGUAUACCUGCAUAAACUGGAAAAACAGCCAAUAAUAUUAACAUUUCAAGAGAUUUAGUGUCUUUAUUGGGAAAUUUGAGUGGAUUGCAUAAGAAGGCUUACAGUGAAUAAAAGCAUACAAACCUCUUCACUUGGCUUUUUUCCAGUAAAUGCAUGUCCAGAGGCCUUGAUAUAGCAAUGACUGUAGUUUUUAAUUUUAAUGAAAUAAAAGAUUAAACUCAUGCUUGAACCUAAAUUAUUAAGUUCUGUGCAGGAACUCAUUUACUCAUUCAACAGAAAACCUUUGUAUCUCCUUUUAAAACUUCUGUAAAUGCAACAUAUGACUGUAAAUUGCAAAUUAUUUGUUUGUUGUUGACUAUG